CGAACAAAAAAGCUGUUCAGCAACUUUUGAAACAAAUUUUAGAAAAAUAUUUCAGAAUAGCAGCGAAAUCGAAAUACUUCAGUCGAGUUUCGAAUUCCAAGCUGAGCGGUCAGAAAUAUUAAAGAUUGAAUUGAAAAAAUUUUGAAAAAUCCAGAAUGCCACUUAAGAAAAAGGACGAGUAUAUUCCAAUCAAAUGCGAGGGUUGGGACGGUAAAUUUCUUUAUGCGCCGGGCACUACAAAUAACGUCUCAAAAGUGCGUCGCUAUAAUCAAAAUGUGACGGACACCUCAAAUUUCUACGGUUUCAACACGGAGCCCACCGUCUUGCCAACCACUUGGGAUGGUACCUUCGUGAAGAGUGGCGAAACACGUUUGAAACAGGAACGCAAUCGCUCCGAUGAUUCCGAAUACUUCCAGUACAACACCGAUCCAACAGUAUUGCCCACAACCUGGAACGGCGAAUUUGUCCUGGAUCCGAAUGAUGUGCGCAUUAAGCCAGAAAGAAAUUUCUCCGAUGUGCGAGAUUAUGCUGAAGCAAGCCGUUUCAGACAAGUGAAAUGAUGGAAGAGCAUCAAGUGAAAAAGGUUUAUUGAGGACGAAGGGACGCAAAGAGUUCCACUUUAUUAUUUUGAUUUUUUUUUCCAGUAGAAAAUUGGUAUUUUUUACUUCACUGAGUAUCGCGUUCGUUUUUUUACUAACCACAAAAAGUGAUAAAAGAUUGUAAACCUUGCAGACUAUAGACUAAGUUUACCGGCUUAAGUAGUGUAAUUUAAAGAAAACAAAACGAAACAAAUAAAUAAAUGGUUAUAAACAAAAAUAAAUACAAUU